GGACAUAAACAGGAGGCAAGGCUGGGAGGAGGAGCCACCCGGCACUGCUUCAAUGACCUGACAGCUAACACGCAGUACAAAAUCAGUGUGUACGCCCAACUCCAGGACACAGAGGGACCUGCAGUAACCACCACAGAGAAGACCUGUAGGUGUCCCCCUCAACAGCUGCUUAGUAUACACUCUACAACAGCCCUACAACCGACUUGCUACUAUUCUCAGAAAGUAUUCUUACAACAUAGUGACAAUGUUGUGACGACAUAAGUUCCUGUCCGUCGCCCCCGGCCUCAACAGUCUAGCCCAGGGGUCGGCAACAGGCAGCUCGCGGGCCAAAACCAGCCCCCAAGUGAUUUAUUUUGGUGGCUCAAAGUUUUUAGUUAAAACAGAAAUAAAUGUUUAAAUGAUUCCCUCUAGACUGUAGCAACAUUGUUACAACAUUAUCCAAACCGAACAUACAGUACAUCAACAUGCCUUACAGACAAUCACAACAUACAAUAUUUUCACAACAUUAUUAGCCUCCUGGGAGGCACUUGAAUGCCUCCCCUUGGAAUGAAUCAUGAUUGGGUCUGUGGCCAACUCACAACAGUAAUAAAGGCACUCUCUCUAACCCACCAGGCAUUUGUUUGCAUUGAGUUGCUUUACUUCAAGUUUAGACACUGAUUUAUAGCUUUGUUUUGAUGCAGAUUAGAGCUAAAUGACUUUUUAAAUUACCCUGCGUUUCCCCAGGUGGCCUUGCAGGCUGCCAUCAAAAGUAAUUCCCAGUUUCAUGUAGCUGAAUUACUACGGCGGUAAAGUAUAUGCGGUUUUCGGCAGGGUUCCAGAGCUAGAAAAAAGCAGUACAAUUCAUUUCAAUUUGACUGCCGUUGUUGGUAGUGAUCAAGCUAGAAAAUUACUGUAUAUGGGUAUAUAUAAUAUAAUAUAAUAAUAUAAUAAUAUAAUAUAUAAUAUAAUCUAAGCACUAAGCAUAAGCUACCAUCCCUGAAAAAUUAUCUGAAUUCCUUCUGAUUCUUCUAUCAUCUGACUAAUAAUAUACAGUGGGCUCCAAAAUUACUGGCACCCCUGACUGGCAAUGCACAAACAAUACUUAAAAAAAUAUAAACAACAUAAUUAUAGCGAUAAACUCAAAAUACCAACGUGAGAAAUACUGUACUUUAUUAAUGUUUCAAUGGAACCAACCAAAAUCAUACAGUUAUUUAAUACAAAAUACAUUUCACCAAAAUCAAGGUUUCAUAAUUAUUGGCACUCCUCGUUUAGUACGUAGUGCAACCACCUCUGGCAAGGAUAACAGCAUGGAGUCUUUUCCUGUAAUGUUUGACAAGAUUAAGGAACACAUUUGGAGGGAUUUUGGACCAUUCCUCUACAGAGAUCCUUUCAAGAUCCUUCACAUUCUUGGGUUUCUGCCGUCUUCAACUCAGCCCACAGAUUUUCGAUUGGAUUGAGGUCCGGCGACUGAGAUGGCCAUGGCAGAACAUUGAUUUUGUUGUCACAGAACCAUUUCUGUGUGGAUCUUGAGGUAUGUUUUGGGUCAUUGUCUUGUUAGAAAGUCCACCUAUGGCCAAGUCCCAGCCUUCUGGCAGAGGCAACCAGAUUGUCAGCCAAAAUUGCCUGUUACUUGGUGGAAUUCAUUAUGCCAACAAUCUUAACCAGUGCCCCUGGACCUCUGGAAUUAAAACAGCCCCAAAACAUCACUGACCCACCACCAUAUUUCACCGUGGGUAUGAGGUGCCUCUCCUUGUAUGCAUCUCUGUUUCGAAGCCAAACAUGCCGAUGCAGUAUCUGACCAAAAAGUUCAAUUUUGGUCUCAUCUGACCAGAGCACCUUCUUCCAGUCAUAAUUUAAAUGACGUUUGGCAAACUCCAAGCACUUGCGUCUGUGUCUUGGGGUCAGAAAGGGCUUUCUUCUGGCAACCCUUCCAAAGAGCCUGUGGUUGUGGAGGUGGCGUCUGAUGGUGCUUUUUGAAACCUGGUGACCCCAAGAUGCCACCAAGGCUUGCAAUUCUUUCACAGUGAUUCUUGGGGAUUUUGUUGCUUCUCUCACCAUCCUCCUCCCUAUGCUGGGGGCAAAAUGCAUUUGCGUGAGGUUUUCAACUGUUCCAUAUCUUUUAAAUUCUUUAAUACAGUGCUCAGUGGUAUAUUCAAUCAUUUGUGGAUCUUCUUGUAGCCAUUACCAGAUUUAUGAAGGUCUACGACCAUCUGUCUCUUUUGAACUGCCAGUUCUUUUGUUUUCUUCAUGGUGUUGGAUGACAAAGGGAUAUUGCAUGCAUGUUACCUCAUUUUUAUACCCUAGUGAAACAGAAAGUGAUGUAAUGGCUCAAUAUAGUUCCUUAAGACUUAGAUAAACUUAAAUAAGUGUAAUUUAAUUCCUGGUUUAAUUUAGGUAGAUGUUAUUUACAAUCAUCUUUAAGGGUGGCACUAAUUGUGAAACCUUGAUUUGGAGAACAUUGAUUUUUAAUUAAAUCAAUAAAUGAUUUCGGUGGGUUCCAUUGGAACAUUAAUAUAGUACAGUAUUUCUCACAUGUUGGUAUUUUGAGUUUAUCACUAUAAUUAUAUUGUUUAUAUUUUUUUAAGUAUUGUUUGUGCAUUGCCAGUCAGGGGUGCCAGUAAGUCGGAAGUUUACAUACACUUAGGUAGGAGUCAUUAAAACUCAUUUUUCAACCACUCCACACAUUUCUUGUUAACAAACGAUAGUUUUGGCAAGUCGGUUAGGUUAGGUUAGGUUAGGACAUCUACUUUGUGCAUGACACAAGUAAUAUUUCCAACAAUUGUUUACAGACAGAUUAUUUCACUUAUAAUUCACUGUAUCACAAUUCCAGUGGGUCAGAAGUUUACAUAUACUAAGUUGACUGUGCCUUUCAACAGCUUGGAAAAUUCCAGAAAAUGAUGUCAUGGCUUUAGAAGCUUCUGAUAGGCUAAUUGACAUCAUUUGAGUCAAUUGGAGGUGUACCUGUGGAUGUAUUUCAAGGCCUAUCUUCAAACUCAGUGCCUCUUUGCUUGACAUCAUGGGAAAAUCUAAAGAAAUCAGCCAAGACCUCAGACAUUUUUUUUUUGACCUACACAAGUCUGGUUCAUCCUUGGGAGCAAUUUCCAAAUGCCUGAAGGUACCACGUUCAUCUGUACAAACAAUAGUACGCAAGUAUAAACACCAUGGGACAACGCAGCCAUCAUACCGCUCAGGAAGGAGACGCGUUCUGUCUCCUAGAGGUGAAUGUACUUUGGUGUGAAAAGUGCAAAUCAAUUCCAGAACAACAGCAAAGGACCUUGUGAAGAUGCUGGAGGAAACAGGUACAAAAGUAUCUAUAUCCACAGUAAAACAAUUCUUAUAUCGACAUUACUUGAAUGGCCGCUCAGCAAGGAAGAAGCCACUGCUCCAAAACCGCCAUAAAAAAGACAGACUACGGUUUGCAACUGCACAUGGGGACAAAGAUCGUACUUUUUGGAGAAAUGUCCUCUGGUCUGAUGAAACAAAAAUAUAACUAUUUGGCCAUAAUGACCAUUGUUAUGUUUGGAGGAAAAAGGGGGUACUUACAAGCCGAAGAACACCAUCCCAACCGUGAAGCACGGGGGUGGCAGCAUCAUGCUGUGGGGGUGCUUUGCUGAAGGAGGGACUGGUGCACUUCAGAAAAUAGAUUGCAUCAUGAGGAAGGAACAUUAUGUGGAUAUAUUGAAGCAACAUCUCAAGACAUCAGUCAGGAAGUGAAAGCUUGGUUGCUAAUGGGUCUUCCAAAUGGACAAUGACCCAAAGCAUACUUCCAAAGUUGUGGCAAAAUGGCUUAAGGACAACAAAGUCAAGGUACUGGAGUGGCCAUCACAAAGCACUGACCUCAAUCCUAUAGAACAUUUGUGGGCAGAACUGAAAAAGCGUGUGCAAGCAAGGAGGCCUACAAACCUGACUCAGUUACACCAGCUCUGUCAGGAGGAAUGGGCCAAAAUUCACCCAACUUAUUGUGGGAAGCUUGUGGAAGGCUACCCGAAACGUUUGACCCAAGUUAAACAAUUUAAAGGCAAUGCUACCAAAUACUAAUUGAUUGUAUGUACACUUCUGACCCACUGGGAAUGUGAACUGGGAAGCUGAAAUAAAUCAUUCUCUCUACUAUUAUUCUGACAUUUCACAUUCUUAAAAUAAAGUGGUGAUCCUAACUGACCUAAGACAGGGAAGUUUUACUAGGAUUAAAUGUCAGGAAUAGUGAAAAAAUGAGUUUAAAUGUAUUUGGCUAAGGUGUAUGUAAACUUCCAACUUCAACUGUAUGUUAUGUUUGAUGAUUUAAUCAAUGUGGUAUCUUCUGUGUGAAGCCAUUUUUUUACUGUAAAUGAAAGCUUCACCAAGCAUGUUUGUCAGGUGAGGUGACAUAGAAAACUAAUAAGGAUGUUAUAAUGAUUUGUGUGUGUCUUAUGUCAUUGCUUUCAUGCAGUCCCUGUUCCCACCCCGGCACCCACCAGGCCACCCACUACAACCCCUCCUCCCACCAUACCCUCAGCCAAGGAAGGUAAUGCAAAAGCCCUGUUGUAAACACAUACCUGUGGGUCCUAUUGUGGUGCACUCUUCUAAAAAUUGGGUAUUUCCACUCCUAUCUGGUAGACUAGUACUGAGGUCAUCAGUGUUUUAAACACUGAUGCUUGGUUGGGCUGCUGGAGAGAAAUAUUUUAGGUCUGUAUUGCGUUUAGUAAGCUGUAAUGCUUUUGGUUUGGCCUCAAAGCACUUCAUGUAUCUUUAUGGGGUAAAGGGAACUAAUAGUGUCCUACACCACUGUGAACAUCUACCUGGGUGAUGUAUCGCAGCAAUUUUGCACUUGAAUGCUCACAAGUCAUCACCCAUUGGCGAACAGAUACUGUAGAGAUAUCCCCAAUGAUAGAUUAUCUACACAUGUGGUGGGCUGGACGCAGUGCACGCUGACUCGGUCACCAGGUGUACGGUGUUUCCUCCGACACAUUGGUGCGGCUGGCUUCCGGGUUAAGUGGGCACUGUGUCAAGAAGCAGUGUGGCUCGGUUGGGUUGUGUUUCUGAAAAAAUGUGGUUGUUAAUCAUUGCUAGACAACCAUUUUCAGGUCUUGCCAUAGGUCAAGCAGAUUUAAGUCAACACUGUAACUCGGCCACUCAGGAACAUUCACUCUCUUCUUGGUAAGCAGCUCCAGUGUAGAUUUGGCCUUGUGUUUUAGGUUAUUGUCCUGCUGAAAGGUGAAUUAAUCUCCCAGUGUCUGGUGGAAAGCAGACUGAACCAAGUUUUCCUCUAGGAUUUUGCCUGUGCUUAGCGCCAUUCAGUUUUUUAAAUCCUGAAUACUCCCCAGUCCUUAAUGAUUACAGGCAUACCCAUAACAUGAUGCAGCCACCACUAUGCUUGAAAAUAUGGAGAGUGGUACUCAAUAAUGGAUUUGCCCCAAACAUAACACUUUGUAUUCAGGACAAAAAGUGAGUUCCUUUGCCAGAUUUUUUGCAGUAUUACUUUACUGCCUUGUUGCAAACAGUAUGCAUGUUCAAAUGGAUACUUCAGCAUGCUCAAAUGGAUAUUUCAUGUCUGCUUCUUUUUUUUUUUACCCAUCUACCAAUAGGUGCUCUUCUUUGUGAGGCAUUGGAAAACCUCCCUGGUCUUUGUGGUUGAAUCUGUGUUUGAAAUUCACUGCUCGACUGAGGGACCUUACAGAUAAUUGUAUGUGUGGGGUACAUAGAUGAGGGUAGUCAUUCAAAAAUCAUGUUAAACACUAUUAUUGCACACAGAGUGAGUCAAUGCAACUUAUAAUGUGACUUGUUAAGCAAAUGAACUUUUUUAGGCUUGCCGUAACAAAGGGGUUGAAUACUUAUUGACUCAAGACCUUUCUGCUUUUCAUGUUUAAUUAAUAUGUAAAAAUUUUAACAACAAAAAAUUCCACUUUGACGUUAUGGGGUAUUGUGUGUAGGCCAGUGAGAAAAAAUCUCAAUUUAAUCCAUUUUAAAUUCAGGCUGUAACACAACAAAAUGUGGAAAAACUCAAGGUGUGUGAAUACUUUCUGAAGGCACUGCAAUUUUGUUUGGUAAAAGGUAAAAGUAAACUAGAGAGCACUCAGAACAGGCAGGUACAAUGGAAAUCACUCUGUCAAGUUGCUGGGUCAAUUUUAAACCGGUCCCUGACUGACAUUCAAACCUCAAAUGACUCCUGACACAAAUUUGUGAAUCUAUUACACGUUCAUAUACGCAGUGUCUAUUGCACAGCCAUGACUAUAGACGUCUGAAAUGAUAGUAAAGCUGUUUAAUGGGCUUUUGGAAUAAUCACAAAUCUUUUCAGACUUUCAAAAACGAUCCCAUAUGAGCUUUUGAGUCUGAGAUAAUACCAUAAGCUGGAACUUGUUACAGUCUUGUAUCCUGAGUUUCAAGUCAGAAUAUCUCAGAGUUUACAAUUCUCCAACAAACACAUGCAACAUAAUAUUAUCUGAAGAUAUAACUUGUAGAACAUUUGUAAAAGUUUAACUUUAUUUGCUGUUUUUGAGAACAAUAAUCUUAGCAGUUUUCUUUCUUCCUACACAGCUUUCCGGGAUGAGUCUUGAAAUGUAAUUGAAAACUCAGUCCCCUCUGUUGGAACUCAGACCAAGUCCAUUUCCAAGCCUGUAAUUCUUAUUGUUUUAUUAUUGUUAUUGUUUGCCUAGGAAACAUAAACAAAUGCAACUUUUAGUUCACUUUGCUUCCCACAUACUAGCAACUUAGUUAUUAUCUUUGGUUCCUUUGAAAAUGACAGAGCAGAACAACAAACAACAGGAAAUGAGAUGUUCUACUGGUCAAUCUGUCCCUGGCUGGUCCUGAUAUGCGAGAGGGAAGUUGUUGAGAUAAUUGCCAAUCAUCGCAGCUCCUCUCUCGUAACCUGUGGAGAAUGAGAAAGCUCUCUCCAUUCUCCAUUAUGAUUCUUCCACUGCUGCCUGUUGAGGCUAGAAUGUGUGUUUAUGUGUGUAUUGUUCUGUCUUUCUUUGUCAGUUUGUAUUAUAUAUGCUGUCUAUCAGAACUCUUAUUGUAGGCACUGAAUAUAAAUUGCUCUUGAUAAGAGCAUGUUCUAAUUGCCUUGUAAAUGUAAUUGUCCUCUUCUUUCUCCCUCUGUCUCUUUCUCUGUGUGUAUAUAAUUUUUUCUCACUCUUCCACUCUCUCCCCUCUCCUCCUCUCCUUUUCUCACUCCUCACCCGCCUCCCCUCUUUCCUCAUCUCUCCUCAUCCCUCUAUCCCUCUAUCCCUCUUCCUCCUCCCUCCACCUCCUUUUCUCUACUUCUUUCACUAUCUCCUCUCUCAUUCCUUUCUCUCAUGCCAGUUUGCAAGGCAGCCAAGGCAGACCUGGCGUUCCUAGUGGACGGCUCCUGGAGCAUCGGGGAUGACAGCUUCCUGAAAAUCAUCCGCUUCCUGUACAGCACCACAGGAGCCCUCGACACCAUUGGACCAGAUGGCACUCAGGUAAAUAUUGACACCUAGACCAACCAAUGGAGGAGGUCCUGUAGCCAGCUAGCUCUUACAGUACUGUACUACAUCUUGGUAGUGAUAUAGUCAAAUAAAUUGUAAUUAAUGGUCUUAAAAUGUAUGAGGGUACACUUAUGUUUGACUAUGUGUCACCUGUGCUUUUAUGAACAAUGCCCCAUUUUCCAUUAAACUAAAAAUAUCUUUCUCCCGCCAGGUGGCCAUUGUCCAGUUUAGUGACGAUGCCAGAACCGAGUUCAAACUCAACUCCUACGACAACAAGGAGAGGCUGCUAGAGGCCAUUAACCGCAUCUCCUACAAGGGAGGGAACACCAAGACAGGCAAGUGGACUUUAUAAAAGCCAAACCUUUGCCAAACCUUAUUCACUCCCUACCAAUGUAGAGUUUUCAUACAAUUACUCUGAAUCAUACAUUAAGUUCCUAUUUCUUUUUCUUAGAAUUUCUAAAGGGACUCCCAUAGCCGUUAAUUAACAGGAUAACUGAAUCCCAUUGAGACAGCUGUAGCCGCCAGAUGAACAGAAAUACCCCUUAUUGACUUUCCUUUUGUAACCUGCCAAAAAAGAAUCAGUCAUUGUAAUCAGACAGGCCAGAGUUGUCAAGCGUGGCUUCCGGAAAGCAGUGAGAUACUGUCACUAAUCAGUGUUUCUAAGUACCAAACCCAGGAACCCCAAGGAGAGAGAUAAUGCAUUCUCCAAGUCAUCUAGCAAUGUUUUCUUUUUUUCAAACGUGUGCAACGAAGAAGUCCACUUGGUAAUGAUAAUUGUUGCAUUGUGUUCUGCUUUGAUUAUGCUGUAUUUGUGUGUAUAGUUGCAGGUGGGGUGGGAAUAAUAACUAGAUUAUAUGUUGUUUGCUGAAUCAUUUGCAGUGAUCGUGAUAACCCAAAACCAUAAUCCUCUACCAAGUAACCUGGCUAUAUCCUGCUGUCAAUAUCACUGAGUGUAACUCCUUUCUUUAUCUUCCCCUCCUCCCUCUCUCUCUCUCCCGUCAUCCCUCCCUUCAUCCCUCCUUCUCUCUUACUCUAGGUCUAGCCAUCCGGCAUGUGAAAGACACCAUCUUCACGGUGGGGGGAGGGAUCCGGAGGGGCAUCCCCAAAGUACUGGUGGUUUUGACUGAUGGGCGCUCUCAAGACGAUGUCAACAAGGUCUCCAAAGAGAUGCAGAUAGAAGGUGAGGCACAUGAUGCGAGAAUUCAAUUGAAUAGUACAUGAAAAUAACAUUCUACAACACAAAAAAGUAUCUGUAUAUGUUAAUCCACCAAAAUGGUAUAGAUUUGUAUGCACAUUACACACAAUUGGCAAUACUGUAUGCUUACCUUCUUCACAGGGUACAUUGUUUUUGCCAUUGGUUUUGCGGAUGCGGACUACGGGGAGCUGGUGAGCAUCGCCAGCAAGCCCAGCGAGAGACACGUUUUCUUUGUGGACGAUUUAGACGCCUUCAAGAAAAUUGAGGAAAAGCUGGUCACCUUUGUUUGUGAGGCUGCCACUGCCAGUGAGUCCUACAGGAGCGUUAAAAAAAAUCUCAAUCUAAAUCCAUGUUAUUUGAAAACGGGGGGGGGCAUAUUAUUGUGUCUAUUAUUAUCCAUGGAGUUACAUAAAUGUUUUGUCUUUCAGCUUGUCCUUCGGUGGCGAUGAGUGGCAGUACCUUGCCAGGUUAGAGACUGGAGCAUACUUACUUAUAUAACACUUCAUGCCUCCUGGCAUAUAGGGCACAGUCAAGAACUCUCUCCUCUCUGACCCGUUGACUAGUUCCGACCCCAGUAGAACUGUUAUGCACAAUAUCACUGUAAACUGGACAGGUACAGUACAGUUCACUCAGAUAAUUGCAAACUCUGGACUCUGAAGUGCCAACCCAUACCAUUAACACUGCGUAAAAUGGCCUGUUUCCGAGUGUGUACUAGUAAAUCAGAAUAUCUUUAAUAAUAAGAAGUAGAAGCUCAGUAUUGAGAAGUCAUGAUAAAAACAGAGCCAGUCACAUAUUAUUUUUACUUAUCAGUAGUCAACUGGAUAUAUCUGCUUUUAAACCAACUCAUGGUUGUUUAUGUUGUGGCUGCAGGUUUCAGGAUGAUGGAGAUGUUUGGCCUGGUGGAGGGUCUGUAUGGACGUGUAUCAGGAGUGUCCAUGGAGCCUGGCACCUUCAACAGCUUCCCCUGCUUCAGCCUGCACAACAACUCCCUCCUCGCCCAGCCCACCAAGUAUGGACACUAGCAUCUUAACUAAAAGGCAUUACAGCACAUUAUCUUCCAUCAAUCAUGUAGAAUUUAGUAGGUGCUCUUGUCCAAAGUGACAAAACGUCAGUGAGUACAAUGAUACAGGCUGCUUAACACAAGUACAUGACACUUCAUAGGACCUUUAAGACAAUGUAUUUAAGUACUGGCAACACUUACCCAAUGAUAACAUAAACAUCACCUUAUAGCAUACAACUAACCCUACUCCCCUGAAUUGAAUCCUCUUUUCCUGUCAUGUGGCCUGAAAAUGCUGUUAUUACAAUGAAGAGGUGGUGAUAAUAACAGACAGCUGGCCUCACCUGGUGUAUUUCCUCUCCUUUAUCUGCAACAAUCCCCACAACACAUCACAGAAAGCAUAGUGAUUUUGUGUUUCAUUCUCAAAUUAUAAUGCAGCAAAUGUGGUCCAAAUACAGUAUGAAGAAACAAUAGCUUCCUGCUCCUAACCUCUCUUUUAGAAUUGAAUUACACUAUUGAAAUAAUUUAAUUGGCAAGUUGAAACAGCUUUUGAAAUGGUUUCUAAUAACAGUUGAACUGUGAAGGUGCUACAACAAAAGCCAUUGUAUGUUCAGACUAGAGCCUAUUGUUCUGUGAACUUUCCACCCCAGGUUUAUCCACCCCGAGGGCUUGCCCUCUGAUUACACCAUCACCAUGCUGUUCCGCCUGCUGCCUGAAACCCCCAAGGAGCCCUUUGCAUUGUGGGAGAUUCUCAACAAGGACAACGAGCCCCUGGUGGGCGUCAUCCUGGACAGUAAGUAGAAUGCCGGGGGACUGGCCUGGGACUUAGCUGGGACCGUGUGUCAAGUUCCCACUGUUUGGUUGCUGUCACAAGAGACACAAAGCAAUGGAUAUUUAUUUAUCCAGGUGUCUCUGCUCAUUUAUCAAUUGUGAGCAGCACAAACAUUUUCUCAAUGUAGGCUACAUUUUCAAAAGCUAUCCCAUUGCUCAGAUUGCACAAUGUCUACUAAACCCUCCAUGCCUCCUCUAUUUGAAACGAGAACAUUCCUCACUAUAUUCGAGUUGUACUGUAUACUGGCAAACGUUCUCUUUCCAACUCUAGACGGUGGCAAGACCCUCACCUUCUUCAACCACGACUAUAAAGGACAGUUUCAGACUGUGACCUUCGAGGGACCUGAGAUCAAGAAGCUCUUCUAUGGCAGUUUUCACAAGGUCAGAGUUCAAAAGCACUCCUUGUUGUCUCACUUCCUCAGUGCAAACGCUGCUACAACAUCACCCUAACACCUCAGUGAAGGUCCUGCUUGCUGGCUAUAAGUCAGCUUGUUGAGUGAUGUUAAGUCACUCUUGUCUGGCUGUCAGUGUAGCUUACAAUACCUUAGGCCUGAGACAUGGCUGUAGACUCCUAUGUUCUCAGGGCUAACAAUACCUUUGCCCACAUGCAUGGCCUGCUGCUCAAGUGAAUGAGGAUAUGCUUUUUCCCUUCACUGGCACAGUUAUCUGAUAGUGUAUUCAGGUCAGCCACUUGCCAAUGUCAUAAUCAUCCUCUGUCUAUGAAUGCCAAAACUUUGCUUGGUAACUGACAUUAUCAUCCAUGAGUGAGAUGUAGGCCUCCUGUAGCUCAGUUGGUAGAGCAUGGCGCUUGCAAUGCCAGUGUUGUGGGUUCGAUUCCCACGGGGGGCCAGUAUGAAAAAUGUAUGCACUCACUAACUGUAAGUCGCUCUGGAUAAGAGCGUCUGCUAAAUGACUAAAAUGUAAAUGUAGCACCUGAAACAAACACCUACCUUUUUUGGAGCAGUUUGUAAAUCACUUAUGUUUUGACUGUUCAAAUUGUUUAAACUUUUUGGCUGCACAAUAGAAGUAGUAUAUGUCAUUUAGCAGACGCUUUUAUUAAAUACAACUUACAAUCAUGCGUACAUACAUUUUACGUGUGGGUGGCCCCAGUGGGAAUCGAACCCACAACCCUUGGCAUUGCAAGUGCCACGCUCUACCAACUGUGUCACACAGGACCACUAAACAGUGUGUAAUAGUAAUAAUAAUAAUAAUAAUAAUAAUAAUUGGUCAUUUAGCAGACGCUCUUAUCCAGAGCGACUUACAUGUGUAGCUGUACCAUUUAAUAUAUACUAUGGGUAAUACAGUGCCAUUAUGAUGUUCACAAGGAAUGGCCUUCAUAUUUAACCUGCUAUCUGCUGAAAUUAUUUUUUUUAUUUUAGAAAACGCAAACCAUGUGGAAUGAAGCUGGCACCCCAAAUAUUGUCAAGAUAAUAUAUUCAUAUUUGAAUCAUAGCCACUUCCAAACAAGCUAAACCAACUAAACUAUGCAGGGAAGAGGAACUUGAUGUGACUGAAAGUGACUAUGACCUGUAUUCAACUAACCCACUGUUGCCUUUUUCCUUAGCAAAUUAUCACCAGUGAUUACCGGUACUGCAAUUCUUUCCCCUGCCAAUCCAUAAGUAUUCUUGUGUCAUCUUGUCAGCACUUUGGUGAUAAUGUGGUAACAUUUUAGAUUACCUCUCAAGAAGACUUGAUUGAUGGCUAGAUACUUUGCUGACUCCCUGCAUUGCAGUAGGUUUAGAAUUAGUUGCCUAAUUCGAAUGAUUCAUCAGGAAUCUGUUUUUGUAGGAAAAAAGGUGUAAAUGCAAAGGAAAUGCUACAGUUCCAUCCUUAUCAGAGCUUUAGCAUUGUAAUGCACCCAAUGUCAAUUAAAGCUGAAAGUGCUGUUUCAUAAAGGCACACAUUUACAGUUGAUAAUCAUGUAGAAUAGAUACACUACAUGGCAAGAAGUAUGUGGACACCCCUUCAAAUUAGUGGAUUCGGCUAUUUCAGCCACACCUGUUGCUGACAGGUGCAUCAAAUCGAGCACACAGCCAUGCAAUCUCCAUAGACAAACAUUGGCAGUAGAUUGGCCUGUACUGAAGAGCUCAGGGACUUUCAACGUGGCACCGUCAUAGCAUGCCACCUUUCCAACAAGUCAGUUCUUCACAUUUCUGCCCUGUAAGUGCUGUUAUUGUGAAGUAGAAACAUCUAGGAGCAACAAUGGCUCAGCCACGAAGUGGUAGGCCACACAAGCUCAUAGAACGGGACCGCUGAGUGCUGAAGUGCGUAGCGCGUAAAAAUUGUCUGUCCUCGGUUGCAACACUCACUACCGAGUUCCAAACUGCCUCUGGAAGCAACAUCAGCACAAUAACUGUUCGUCGGGAGCUUCAUGAAAUGGGUUUCCAUGGCCGAGCAGCCACACACAAGCCUAAGGUCACCAUGCGCAAUGCCAAGCGUCGGCUGGAGUGGUGUAAAGCUCGCCGCCAUUGGACUCUGGAGCAGUGGAAAUGCGUUCUCUGGAGUGAUGAAUCACGCUUCACCAUCUGGCAGUCCGACGGACGAAUCUGGGUUUGGCGGAUGCCAGGAGAAUGCUUCCUGCCCGAAUGUAUUGUGCCAACUGUAAAGUUUGGUAGAGGAGGAAUAAUGGUCUGGGGCUGUUUUUCAUGGUUCGGGCUAGGCCCCUUAGUUCCAGUGAAGAUACAUUUUAAUGCUACAGCAUACAAUGACAUUCUAGACAAUUCUGUGCUUCCAACUUUGUGGCAACAGUUUGGGGAAGGUCCUUUCCUGUUUCAGCAUGACAAUGCCCCUGUGCACAAAGUGAGGUCCAUACAGAAAUGGUUUGUCGAGAUCGGUGUGUAAGAACUUGACUGGCCUCCACAGCAAUGUUCCCUCUAAGCUGCGUGCGGGCAUGCAGUAGCCCCGAGACUGCCGCGCAGAGCUCAGAAGAAAUAUCAGCCCACGGAGAGAAGCACAAAAUUGAACUUCACUCAACUUUCUAGACUUUUCCGUGUUAGUUAACAAUAUCAACGUUUCCCUUUACUGUGGCAAUUGUGAUCGAAUCAAAUCAAAUCAAAUCAAAUCAAAUUUUAUUGGUCACAUGCGCCGAAUACAACAGGUGCAGACAUUACAGUGAAAUGCUUACUUACAGCCCUUAACCAACAGUGUAUUUAUUUUAAACAAAAAAGUAAGAAUAAAACAACAACAACAAAAGUGUUGAGAAAAAAAGAGCAGAAGUAAAAAAUAAAGUGACAGUAGGGAGGCUAUAUAUACAAUAGAAUAAAGUGACAGUAGGGAGGCUAUAUAUACAGGGGGGUACCGUUGCAUAGUCAAUGUGCGGGGGCACCGGCUAGUUGAGGUAAUAUGUACAUGUGGGUAGAGUUAAAGUGACUAUGCAUAAAUACUUAACAGAGUAGCAGCAGCGUAAAAAGGAUGGGGUGGGGGGGCAGUGCAAAUAGUCCGGGUAGCCAUGAUUAGCUGUUCAGGAGUCUUAUGGCUUGGGGGUAGAAGCUGUUGAGAAGUCUUUUGGACCUAGACUUGGCACUCCGGUACCGCUUGCCGUGCGGUAGCAGAGAGAACAGUCUAUGACUAGGGUGACUGGAGUCUUUGACAAUUUUGAGGGCCUUCCUCUGACACCGCCUGGUAUAGAGGUCCUGGAUGGCAGGGAGCUUUGCCCCAGUGAUGUACUGGGCCGUACGCACUACCCUCUGUAGUGCCUUGCGGUCAGAGGCCAAGCAGUUGCCAUACCAGGCGGUGAUGCAACCAGUCAGGAUGCUCUCGAUGGUGCAGCUGUAGAAUUUUUUGAGGAUCUGAGGACCCAUGCCAAAUCUUUUUAGUCUCCUGAGGGGGAAUAGGCUUUGUCGUGCCCUCUUCACGACUGUCUUGGUGUGUUUGGACCAUGAUAGUUCGUUGGUGAUGUGGACACCAAGGAACUUGAAGCUCUCAACCUGUCAAUGUAAUAUUAGCCACUUUCAAUGUAACAUACCGAAACAAAACUAACUAUACAAGAGAUUUUGUUGUAGGCAUCGGAGUAGGAUUCUAUUGUGCAUCACUAGGGCUGUUGCGGUGACCGUAUUACCGCCACACCGGCGGUCAUGAGUCAUGAAGGCAGUCAAAUUCCAUGUGACUGUUUAGUCACGGUAAUUAGGCUUCUCCAAGCUCUGAUGCUGCUGAUGGUCAUUAGUAGCCUACCAAACUUGCUAACUGCCUGGUACUCAGCACUCUAUUGUCCCUCUAAUCACUCUGACAUCAAUGCAAAUGUAAUUGAAAAUCACUUCAUGAGAGCCCAUGAGCUGAUGUUGCGCAACAUUUAUAUAGGCUAUGCAAUUGCACGAGAAAACAGUGAUUGCCUCUACUAAAAAGAGGAAGAUCCCAUCAGCUUUCUAUAGACUAGGCCUACUAUAUUUAUUUCUCAACUUUCCUAAUAUUAAGCACAUUGUUUAUCUUUAUAACAGGAGUAUAGCCUACCUGGCUGGCAUGAAAAUGAACCACAGGAAAAGCAUCCUCCAUUUGCUAUUUAAGUGCAUUGAUUACAUGUAUUUUAUCCCGCUGCCCCUGUUUCGAUACAGGUGCAUGAUUAAUGUUCCAUUCUAAAUCAAAACAAAUUUCACACAUAUAUAUAUAUUAUUUAGUAUAUGUAAAGACUAGAUUAAAUCAAGAAUAGUCUGAUGGGUGACAAUAUUAGCCUAUCACUUGUUAAUUUCUAUAUUAUCACUUGUGAAUAAUAAACAGCAGUUUUUUUGCGACUUUUUCGAAUCAUAGUCGCACACCUCAUGUAGCCUAGCCCAUGUUUUGAUAAGGUUUGUAUCACAACUAAAGUGGCCAAAUAACUUCUUAAAAUUAAGCACAUUCAUCCGCUUUACAAGGGGUUUAGAGCCUAACUGGCAUACAUAAGCAGCACGAGUUUCAAGUUUGGGGAAGAUAAUUUUCACCAUAAACAUGCACCUUUAUAAUAAAAGCAUUACAUGCAUAAUCGCAUUUGCGGUCACUUUUGAUAAUGGUGUUUUCCCGCUAAUGGAACAUUCGCGCUUAUAGCAUAAUGCCAUGUGCGCAUUGCUGCGCUUAUGUGAAGAAAUAGCCUAAUAGAUUUUCAAUAUUUUAAGCUAAACGUUCUGAUCUGUUGCGUCAGCCAUAUUGCGUAGAAAAUGUUUUUUUGAUGCUAGUGGUUGUAUUAAUUUCGGAUUUAUUGCACCCCACAACUGUCCCAGACUAUGUUUGGAAUAUUUAUUUCUCGCACAGAAUAGAAUAGGUCGACCUUUGUACUAUGGGGGAGAGUAGAUUGACAUAGGCUAGUGCUUUUGCUGUUCGUUAGGCCUACUCAUCUUGUUGGCUGACGAAAAGUAAAUGUGGACAGUUCUUCCAAUAUCUUCAAUAUGCACUUCGGAAUUGGAUAAGGACGCGCGCCGUUGCGUCCCCGAUGUUUUUGUCUUCACUUGUAGCCUGUGAGAAAGACCCGAUCACGUGACGGAGAGCCAUGUGAGUGAGAGGCGUUUCGAAUUGCGCAGCACACUAAGGGAAAAGGGCACAACGCAGUACUCCGGGCCGCAAAAGGCAUGCUUGUCAAAAUUGUGAAUGAGAGACUAUUGGAGUGUGUACAGCCUGCGCAAAAAACUAAGCAGAGCUCAAGCCUUUCAAGCAACUUUUUCAAAAUCAUCAUAAGUCUCAUCAUGCAGCCUUACAAUGUAUUAAAAAUCAAAACAUUUAGCCCAACGUUUGUAGAACAAGUAAAGUUACAUUCAUAAUUCUAAAUUAAGCAUAUAGGAGUACCUAUUUCUUUGUUAACCGCUCAACACAGAAAGACGCAUGUGCGCACUCACUCAAAUCAUUUGGAUAAAAUAUUUACAUUUUAUUCAGCUUUGUUCAAUUGUAUUCUUCAUACUAUAAAAUAAUGCCACGGAAUUAUCAGCAAAUCUUGUCUGCUAAAUGAACUAGUGUAGCCCACAGCCAUUUGGCAUAGCCACAUCAGGACCUAACUGUCACAAGUGUAGAGAGGAGUAGGCAGGAGGCAGUCGCAGGUUUAGAACUACUGAAUUUAUUAAAGCACCAUAGCUUAAAGCAGGACGAAACCAACAGUGCUAAAUAUAAAGUACUCAGGAAAUAGUAGGAGAGAUUCUUCUCAGGAAAACAAGCAACAUAUACAAUGACCGACAAAGACAAAUGGCAGAGGGAGUAUAUAUACAGUGAUAGAGUGGGGAUUGGAACCAGGUGUGUGUAAUGAUGACGAGACAAGUCCGGGGUUGAUGAGUGAAGGGCGUUUGCCAGCAGUAGGUUCAGCAGCAGCUAGAAGGCCGGUGACGCCGAACGCCUGAGCUGGACAGGAGGGGAAGUCAAAGCGAAUGCUAGUGUGACACUAACAUAAGGACAACUCAGAGUAUGCUAUUCUUUUCUUCUGAAUAGACUACAUUUUCUUCAUAUCAUGCUUCUUUAGACCUGUCUAAAAUAAAGAAUGGAUUUAUUGUGAAGGUGUAGGUUAUAUUACAUGGAUUUAUUCUACUUUUUAAAAUGGCUUGUAGGUGUUAUGAGAAUUAUUUAACUAACUAUUUCUGUGUCUCUGUGCGUCUCCCAAAAGGAUGUAAUGCUUUUGGAUCAAGAAACGGACAGAGUCCCGGUCUGCAUAGUCAGGCCUUUAUUCAUUGAGAAUUCUGUUAUCACAAUUUCAGAGUCCAUCUUUUAUACACACACGUCAUACAAAAAUCCCUCCCCUCUUUAGGCGGGUUGUAGUUUUCCACUUGAAAAUUGCUCUCCUGACCAUCAGGUCACACACACACAUACACACACACACACACAUACACACACACACACACACACAUACAUACACACACAUACAUACACACACACACAUGUUCUUAUCAUAGUCUCUCUCCUCCCUAAAUUGGGAGGCCUCUUUAUCUUGGUUUCUCAGUUGCCUGUAGACAGUUCUCCUUGUCCUUUGUUGUCUGGCCUAACUCUUACUCACAUUGCUAAAUAGUAACACAAUGUCAUAAUCUUUACUGGUUCUACACUCACACAUUACCAGGUAGUAGAUUCUAACACAUCUCACACAGUUUCGGAGUGUAAUAAUUAGUCACUACUAUAUAUACAGGUACCCCCCUGUAUAUAUAGCCUCCCUACUGUUAUUUUAUUUGACUUAUGCUCUUUUUUUCUCAACACUUUUUGUUGUUGCACUGUUGGUUAAGGGCUGUAAGUAAGCAUUUCACUGUAAUGUCUGCACCUGUUGUAUUCGGCGCAUGUGACCAAUAAAAUUUGAUUUGAUUUGAAAGUACUAAUCAUACUUAAAACAAGAACAUUUCACUAUAUUUAAGGGUGGAACAUUUAGUCAUUACUUUUAACCUGUAUAUAUUUUAAUUUCUAUAUCAGUAGGCUAUGUGUGGAAGCCAGGAGAUGCUAAAUGUGUUUAUGUUAAUUAACGGUCAAUUAUCGUGAGUCCGACAGUUGUUUGCUUUACAAUCACCGGCUGACAAAAUUUUGUGACCGCCACUGCCCUAUGCAUGACCCAGCCCAUACUCUACAUAGACCAGUGCGGCAUAGCCAAUCAGCGCUGCAGUAGACCAUUGCCAUAUAUGGAUCCGUGAGUAGAUGCGCUUGUUUUGAGAUCAAAGCAAGAGCUGCAUGUAGACACAUGUGCAGAUUUUGUUCAUAUCCUUUGCUAUUUAGUGAGUUAUUAGCCAAGUUAUAGAUCAUUUGUAGUCAGCAAAAGGGGAGUGAUUGCUUCCUACAAGAGCAACUUUGAAAAGUUAGUCAGGUAAAGAGCUUUUUUUUUGUCUUAAAGGGGCUGUGUUGUAUUUUGAGACAGGCUUGAAUAAGCUAAGUAGCCAAUAGGCAGAGGGUAGCAUCAUUUGUCAGAUUAUCUGUAAUAAUGGUAUGGGAACAACAACAUUUUCAGUCACCUCCUUGUCUGAAGGACAGGUGAAUAAACAGGUUAAUGUCAAGCCCUGCAGGUUUUUUUCAAAAGCCUCAUGGAAUGUAGGCCUACAUUGAACUCCACACAUUGGAUGCUAUUGUAGGCUGAAUGAUAGAACAGAUAUUUCCAUGUUAAAAUGUUAUGGGAUGCAUUUUCUCCAUUGUUUUUGAUGGUAGGCCACUCUGGUAGGCCUACAUUAUGAGUGUUCACAGUAAACACGCGCUGGAAGUUGCACAGAAUUUUCACAACGUUCAAUUUUGCGCUCAGCAGACCUGAAAUUUGCUCAGUGCGGAAAAACAUUUGAGGGAACAUUGCUGCACAGUGCCCUGACCUCAACCCCAUCGAACACCUUUGAAAUGAAUUGGAACGCCGACUGCGAGCCAGGCCUAAUUGCCCAACAUCAGUGCCCGACCUCACUAAUGCUCUUGUGGCUGAAUGGAAGCAAGUCCCCUCAGCAACGUUCCAACAUUUGUGGAAAGCCUUCCCAGAAGAGUGGAGGGUGUGGUAGCAGCAGAGGGGGGACCAACUCCAUAUUAAUGCCCAUGAUUUUGGAAUGAGAUGUUCAACGAGCAGGUGUCCACAUACUUUUGGUCAUGUAGUGUAUGUGAUGUUGCUAAUGUCUUGAAAUUCCCCCAUAUAUUUCCCCAUGAGACAUCCCAUUUCCAACGAAGCAUACAGUAGAAGCUUGAUGUGUCAAAGGUAGAAAAAAAGCGAAUAUUUUAUUUGUCACAAAAACGUCUGAAAUCACCCAACUUCAAAACUGACUCUCGUUUCAGAUGACUGGUGGAAUUCUCACGCAGAAAUAUGUCAGAAAUUAUAGAGCAGACCUUAUUUUACAGCCUGUGUCUCUUUGAACCGCUGUCUGUGUUCUGGACUUUUGGAAAAAAUAUAUUGAGACUCACACAUAAGACGUUUCAAUCCCACUGCAUCUGUUCCAAACAGACCUGGGUUCAAAUACUAUUUUAAAUAAUUUAGGAUCAUUUAGCUGUGUUUAGGAUUGAGCUUGCCUGGCGCAAUGGAACCAAUAGAAUAGCCACAAAAGUGUAAACCCUGCCUAACUGGAACUCCAGGCAGGCUUUGGCAAAUGCUCAAAGUAUUUGAAAGAUUUAAAAUAGUAUUUGAACCCAGGUCUGGUUCUUAAUAUUCCCUGUAGCUGCAUGUGGCUAUUAGCAAGACCAGCGCCAAGGCUGUCAUCGACUGUAAGCUGGUGGGGGAAAAGGCCAUCAACGCGGCGGGCAACAUCACCACAGACGGCCUGGAGGUGCUGGGACGCAUGGUGCGCUCCCGGGGGAAGAAGGACAACUCUGCACCGGUAAGCCCCAUAGUCAGAUAAAUGCAACAUGCAACAAUUUCAAAGAUUUUACUGAGUUACAGUAAAGGAAAUCAGUCAAUUUAAAUAAAUAAAUUAAGCCCUAAUCUAUGGGUUUCACAUGACUGGGAAUACAAAUAUGCAUCUGUUGGUCACAGAUACCUUUAAAAAAAGGUAGGGGUGUGGAUCAGAAAACCAGUCUGUAUCUGGUGUGACCACCAUCUGCCUCAUGCAGCGCGACACAUCUCCUUUGCAUAGAGUUGACCAGGCUGUUGAUUUUGGCCUGUGGAAUGUUGUCCCACUCCUCUUCAAUGGCUGUGCGAAGUUGCUGGAUAUUGGCAGGAACUGGAACACACUGUCGUACACGUCGAUCCAGAGUAUCCCAAACAUGCUCAAUGGGUGACAUGUCUGGUGAGUAUGCAGGCCAUGGAAGAACUUGGACAUUUUCAGCUUCCAGGAAUUGUGUACAGAUCCUUGCGACAUAGGGCCAUGCAUUAUCAUGCUAAAACAUGAGGUGAUGGCGGCAGAUUAAUGGCAUGACAAUGGGCCUCAGGAUCACGUCACGGUAUCUCUGUGCAUUAAAAUUGGCAUAGAUAAAAUGCAAUUGUGUUCAUUGUCCAUAGCUUAUGCCUGUCCAUACCAUAACUCCACCGCCACCAUGAGGCACUCUGUUAAAAACGUUGACAUGCACUCUGUUCACAACGUUGACAUCAGCAAACCGCUCGCCCACACGACACCAAACACGCUGUUUGCCGUCUGCCCGGUACAGUUGAAACCGGGAUUCAUCCAUGAAAGCACACUUCUCCAGCUGCCAGUGGCCAUCGAAGGUGAGCAUUUGCCCACUGAAGUCAGUUACGACGCCAAACUGAAGUCAGGUCAAGACCCUGGUGAGGAUGACGAGCACGCAGAUGAGCUUCCCUUAGACGGUUUCUGACAGUUUGUGCAAAAAAUGUUUGGUUGUGCGAACCCACAGUUUCAUCAGCUGUCCGGGUGGCUGGUCUCAGACGAUUCCGCAGGUGAAGAAGCUGGAUGUGGAGGUCCUGAGCUGGCGUGGUUACACAUGGUCUGCGGGCGUGAGGCCGGUUGGACGUACUGCUAAAUUCUCUAAAACGACGUUAGAGGCGGCUUAUGGUAGAGAAAUUAACAUUCAUUUUUCUGGCAACAGCUCUGGUGGACAUUCCUGCAGUCAAUAUGCCAAUUGCACACUCCCUCAAAACUUGAGACAUCUGUGGCAUUGUGUUGUGUGUCAAGUGGCCUUUUAUUGUCCCCAGCACAAGGUGCACCUGUGUAAUGAUCAUGCUGUUUAAUCAGCUUCUUGAUAUGCCACACCUGUCAGGUGGAUGGAUUACCUUGGCACAGGAGAAAUGCUCACUAACAGGGAUGUAAACAAAUUUGUGCACAAAGCUUUUUGUGUGUAUGGAACAUUUAUGGGAUCGUUUAUUUAAGCUCAUGAAACAUUGGACAAACACUUUACAUGUUGUUCAGUAUAAAAAAAUAUGUGUGUUUGCUGUUUUUGUUGUCCUCAGUUUCAACUGCAGUCGUUUGACAUCGUCUGCAGCACGUCCUGGGCCAGCCGAGACAAGUGCUGUGAGCUUCCUGGUCUGGUGAGUUCAAGCCUGACUACUGAUCUAAUCUACUGACUGACAUGGAAUGACCCUAACCUUUGUUGUAAUGUGUAGUUGCAUGUCGUAGGAUCAUGUCAUAGAUGUCAUAUUGUGUCAUCCUGUUGUUGUGUUGUCUUGUGGUCAUUAUCCACUUUUUUCCAUAAUUAGCCUCAUUAUCAUUAUGCUUUGGUCAAUAUCAUAAUCAUUAGGUCAUUGUCCUUUUGUGUUCCAUGUAUUGUCAUGUGGUCAUACAGUAGCAUAGUCAUGUUAUUGUGGUAUUUGUCUCAUUUGUCUGGUAUUUGUCUCAUCUCUCAGAGGAAGGAAGAGGACUGUCCUGCCAUGCCCCGUGCCUGCACCUGCACACAGGACAGCAAAGGUCCCCCCGGCCCCACUGGACCCCCUGUGAGGACCCUCCGUCUCUCCUUCAUCACCAUAAUUUGUUACUUAAAGCUGUUGUUGAACUAGGAACUCAUUCAUUGCAUUCAGUGGCUGAACAGAACACGGCGUGACAUUUGGGGAUGGAAAGGGAUAUAUACAUAGCUACAGUACAUACACCCCCUGUGUGUGAUAGUGUGUUUAGGAUUUGUUGAUAGAGUGUGUCUUUAAUGUCUAUGAUACGAAAUGUUGAUGGUGUGUGACAGAGAGUGUGUGUGUGUGUGUUUGUGUGUUAUCAACAGGGUGGUCCUGGGAUCAGAGGAGGGAGAGGGGACCGUGGAGAACCAGGAGCUGUGGUACAGUACACACACACACACACACACACACACACGUUAGUAAAAACCCAAUGAAAGUCAAUGCAACUUGUAACACUCACUGAAACCAAGAUAUGUUAUAGUUCCACAAGCACUGAGUGGGUUGACAGACACAUACCCACAUUGAUGGAUACCUCUCUUCCAUAAAAGACCCAUUAUACUCGGCUUGGCUGAAAACCCACUCUCUCUGAAAAUGCCCCCUGUAAAGUUCUAAUCUUUUAUUCAUUUCUCACUCUCUCACAUGCUAUUCGACUCGGAUUGCACGGGUCCCAGAAAAUUGCACUGGUGGUUGAAUUGUGUGUUAUUAGAGCAUGUGAAGGUCCUUGUAAUGCAGGCGUCCUCGCAGUGCGCCCAUGCUGUCUUUCUACUCUCAUGAAUUUUAAAUUCAUCGGAGACGCAGCAUGCCCCAAUGAAAGUCAAUGGCCUGCGACUGGUUGGCUCACGACAAGACAGACAGAGAGUGGCCUCACGGGUCUCUGAUUUGCAGUUAAAUCACAGAGUUAGCCUAAAGCCCCCUCUCAGCCGCCCAGAGCUCGGUCAGAUGAUGUAUAAAGGAUGAAGACAGUUGUAUGGAAUAAAAUAUAUAUUAACAUAUUGCUCGCCCUCCAUGAAACCUUGCACAGCACACUAUUGAUAUUCAUAUCGUCAACUUUUGAAAGCCUUAGAUUGCAGUUCCGCUGUUGUAGUCCUAUAUGUCAUUAAAACAUGUUUACAGGACUAUAUUACCAGCUAGCAGUUCAACAUUCACAAAUGGGUAUAUUAUUGUUGUUUCAAAUUGUACUUUGUAAUACAUUGAAAAUGAAUUGUAUAUUUCCUCUGUUUGUUCCAGUGAUACUACAUAGUGGUAAUGGCUGUAGAAUAUAGGGGAUUUAACUAGAUCACUUUAUCUCUUUGUUAACUAUAUUCUAAUCAAUUUUAUCAAUGUGUUCUUCUGUCUCUAUGACAGGGGCCGAUAGGUCCAGUUGGGGACGCUGGUACUCCUGGGCUGCAGGGGCCUCCUGGCCCCCAAGGCCCCAGCGGCCGGACCAUCAUGGGCCCCCCGGUAAGACACACACAUGCGCAUACACACACUCACACCAUCUAAUACUGCACAUAUUAGAGGAGUCUAGUUUCCCGACAUACAUAACAUAGCUACAGUACCAGAUUCACCUAGGCCUGCUAUAAAGUCUACCUUGUAAAAGCUGUUGUAAUACUCGGAUAUCGAUUCUUUCUCUCCCAAGGACUUUUGUUAAACGUAAGCCAUAAAGGAGGGAGGAUGUAUCAUAACCUAAUAGACUGUAAACAGUGCAGUACAAUAUGAAGUACACUGUUACACCUGCAUUGGUAUUGACAGGUCAGUGACUGAUGAAGGACGGGUAAAACAUUAAAGGAAAAGCCCACGUGUCUUAACUUUACUAAGGCAAUGUUUAAGCCAACCUAUGUGUUGAGGAAAACUCGUUCAAGGAAUCAGGCAGAACUCAUUUAUCAGCAAUAAGAGGUUUAUUCAAGCAAUUGCAAGGAAGAUCACGCUCUCAGGAUGAACCCGGAGAGGAUCUUCAUUAUUUACAAGUCACUCAGUCUUUAUAUACUCCACCUACACAAAGAGCUGCUUACCCCUCAAAAAGAGGCAAGCUUACAAAAGAGAUAAGGGUAAUUAGCUCUACUCCCUUAAAGCAUUAAAACAAACAAAAGCAGGUUCUAGCCGAUGUGUCUAAGAUAGGGGAAUGAUCAGAUCUUUAGAGCCUAAACAGACAGGAUAAUAAUUCAACCUGGAUUGCUUUUAGAGAUAAGGAAUGAAUAACAAAUCAAUCCUUUGUAGGGUGUAUGACGAGGUUACUGGACAGCUGUGGUAAAUUACCAGUGACUGUAACAAAACCAUUUUGCACCCACAAAAGCAUUAGACUGUAAUAAAUUAAUUUUGCUCCACCAUAUGGUACAUUAUUCUCUCUGGUAUAACAUACACAAGUUCUAUAUCGAUGACCAUUAUUUAUUUGUCGUUAAUUCAGCAUUAUAGUGACAGCUAAGGGAUUAUUAAGGGUUAUUAAGGUACAGCUACUGUAAGAGCUUGUGAAACAAAUGGCAUUUGUAAUUAGAACGCAGAUGGUGACCAAAUAGUGACGACCCCAAAUAAAAUAGCCUCCAAAUAAGCUUGAUAUUUGCUCUUGAUAUUUAUUGUUGUUUUUUCUAACUUCAGGGUGGUCCAGGAGAGAGAGGUGAGAAGGGUGCAGCUGGCGCUCCAGGGAUACAGGUAAAGAUCACCAUUCACUUCCUGCCCUUUCAGACACACUUUCCCUCAUCACAAAAUGGCAUUCAAUCUUCAAAUGACAUACAAAUGACACCAUUGCACCAAAGGGAGAUCUUUGAAUGUCAUAUUGAAUUUAUAUCUCUGUAAGGUAGCUGCUAAUAGGAACAAG